UAUAGUUUAAUAUUUUCGUGUCUGUUUAUUGUUAAUGUGUACCAAAAAAAUAUUUUUUUAUAAAAUAACACAUGAAACAAUAUUAAUGGCAUUGAUUAUUAGUAAGGAUACUGUUUUUACGCUAUAAUAAAUAUGGGUUCAUCAGAUCCUAUGAGUUUUAAUGUUAUUAACGAAAUAAGAGAACAGAGUUCACCCAGAAAUGCAGAUGACUAUCCAGGACUACGUGAACAAGCAAUGGCUAACUUACAGAAACCAAUUCUACCAAAUAUAAAUGUUCCUGAAAGAAUUAUUGUCUGCCUUGAUGUCUGUUGUGAUAAUCAGAAUUCAUUGUAUCGCCUAGGUGAUGGAACUACAUUUUCACCUCUAAACAUGCUAAAAAGAGUUCUAGAUUUUUUUAUCCAUUCAAAGCAUACCAUAAAUAAAAGAACUGAAUUUGCAUUAAUAAUUUUGAAGGAUGCAAGUGCUUUUUUGGUUCACAAUUUCACUAAUAAUAUAAGAGAUAUCAUUCAUACAAUUGAUUUUGUCAAUGCUGAGGAAUCUGUGUCAGAAACAUUUGAUUUUAAACAUGUUUUUGAUAUUAUUAAACAGGAAGUAGAAAUACCUGAGUAUAAACAAUCAGAAUGUAUGAUUCCUCCUCCAUAUAUUGUGAGAAUGGUUGUUUUGUAUGCUCGUUCUAAAUGUGUACCCUUUAUAGCACAAGAUGAUUCUUAUUUGACCUUCUUAAAAAUUCAAAUGUAUUUUUAUAUAGAUAUUCUCUUUGCCCAUGAAGAUGAAUGUAAUCUAUUUAAAUGUGAAGAAAUAUAUGAUUCACUGCAGAAUUUAGAUAAUGGAUAUUCUUAUGUCUUUGAGGUAUCUAGGAAUGCUGCCAAAAUCCAUGAAAGUAUUGCAAAGUUAUUAGCACACCCCUUGCAAAGGUUAUUACAAAAAAAUACAGACUAUGGUUUUGGUACAAGAUGUUAAUUCUAGAUUUAAAAAAAAUCUCUGUCUAAGCUACAUAUGUAUUGUGAAGUUAGUAAUUAAAUACAUUAUGUAAAGAACCAAUUUGUUCUCUCGAACUCUCUUGUUUCCAUUAACUAUGAUUACUGUACUGAUGAAAAAUUCUGAAAGAAUGAUUAAGAAAUCAGAUAUACAAAUCAUCUUUUAU